AUGUACUUCUCCCCUGAAUUUUUCUGUUUAACUUGGGUGUUGCAAUGCUGCAUAGUUCUUGGAAAAGUGAAGGAUUUCUUGGGAGAGAUGGCAAAGGCCAAUGAGAAAUUGCAGCUUGAUGCGCAGAACAAGCCUCCUGAGGAGUAUGACAUUGAAGCACUCACUGGAAAUGAAAAGGAAUAUAUUGAGAUGGAUUUGAUUCUCGGUGUAGCUGAUCUUCAUUCAGAGCAGGCUGUGGAUGCAGCUGAGGCGACAAUGAGCAGCUUCCCACCCUUGGGAAGUUCAUUUGCUAGCAGCUCAUCUGACUCAGAAGAUGAUAUCGAUGAAGAUGGUGACGAUGAGCCUGAAAUGCCUAGCAAAGAAAAAUGUGGCAAUCCAGAUAAACCGGAGGCUAAUCCAGCCAAAGGGAAGAAGCCCAAUAAAAGACAGAAGAUUGUUGUUCUCAACUAG